AUGGACAACGGCGAUUACUUCGGCCGCACGGCCGGCAACAACCUGCCAUCCAUGGCCUCCACGGCCGCUGGAACACCACAAAGGCCGGGGACACCAAGCGAGUCUGUUGGCCGCGGUCCCUUUGGCGACGGCUUCGAAUCACAAGCAUCGCACCGAUCCUCAGGGCCCAACGGCAACCCCUUCAUCAGCCCUUCGGUUUCGCGCCCCGCCAGCAGCUUCGACUCGGCGUCAGGCAUUGGCCGCUUCGACGGCGGGCAACGCUACUUCCACUCUCGACGCGUGCGGAAGGGCGAGGUCGAGAAACCGUGGACGAAGCAGGCGGAUCCGAAGGAGAAGUGGGUUACUAUCUUGCCCCUCAUUGGCAUCCUCAUCGGCUUGGGAAUCUCUGGUUUCUUGGUGUGGGAUGGCAUUCGGAGUGUGGUCAAGCACAACUACUGCUUGGUGUUGGAGGAGAACUGGGACAAUGGGUUCAACGAGAAAGUGUGGCUAAAGGAGGUACAAGUAAAUGGGUUUGGAAACAACGAGUUUGAACAGACGACUGGCGGGGACCAAAACGUCUUCAUCGAAAACGGCAACCUGAUGAUCAAGGCGAUUCCGCAGGAUGACGCCCUGAUGCAAAAGAACUACAAGAUUGAUCUGCUCAAGGACGGCACCUGCACGUCCAAGUCGCCCGCUGCUUGCAUCGCCUACACUAACAUCACGACUGGCAACUCCUCGAUUGUGCCUCCAGUUCUAUCCGGCCGCAUUAACACGAAGCCCGGCGCAGCUAUCAAGUACGGCCGCGUCGAGGUCACCGCGAAGCUGCCUGCUGGCGACUGGCUCUGGCCAGCGAUCUGGAUGAUGCCCCGGGACGACGCUUACGGGCCUUGGCCUGCAUCCGGCGAGAUCGACCUGAUGGAGUCGCGCGGCAACAACUACACCUACCCGCAGGGCGGCAACAACAUCAUGUCGUCGGCACUGCACUGGGGACCUAACCCGGGCAACGACGGGUGGUGGCGCACCAACGUCAAGCGGCAGUCGCUGCACACGACUUACGCGGACGGCUUCAACACGUUUGGCAUCGAGUGGUCGCAAAAGUACCUCUUCACCUACGUCAACUCGCGCCUGUUGCAGGUGCUGUACGUCAACUUUGACGAGCCCAUGUGGGGACGCGGUAACUUCCCCAUCCUGGAUAACAAGGGCGCGCGCAUCAACGAUAUCUGGAGCCAUACCGGCCGCGCCCAGACGCCCUUUGAUCAACCCUUUUUCCUGAUCCUCAAUGUUGGCGUGGGUGGCACCAACGGAUGGUUUGAGGAUAACGUUAACGGCAAGCCCUGGCUGGAUUCCUCGCCCAAUGCGCGCAAGGACUUUUGGCAGGCUAAGGACCGUUGGUUCCCGACGUGGACUCAGCCGCAGAUGGAGGUUAGCAAGGUCAUGAUGUGGCAACAGUGUGAUGGGAAUGAAGAUCUUUGA